UUAAACAAUUGCAUUAAAUUGAAGAUAAGUGUCUUUUACACAAUAUUACUAAUAAAUUACGCUUAGCGUAAGAAAAGGGCACUCAAAAUGUUGUACUGCCCGCCAAAUGUGACGUUGAGCGAGAUUUGGACCAAUCAUGGAAUCUCACACUGUUUUAUGGACACAGUGGGACCAGCUGUAUGUGGUGGUUUUCUACUCCUCUUUGGCGGCAUACAACUCUUGAUUUAUCGCAAAUAUGCCACACCCAAGGAUCCUACACAGAUCUCCAAAUCCCGUCUGUAUGCUCUGCAAAUGUUUCUGCUCCUUUUUGUAUCUGUGCUGGCGCUACUGCGAUUCUUUCUAAACGCUCGCAUCUAUACGGACAGUGCGGUCUAUGGUUAUAUGAUAUUUUACACAUGUGUUGUGUGUUUCUCGUAUCCAUUUUGCAUCUGUCUCAUAGUCAAGGAGCGACAUUAUCAACUGCCUUCGGUUCCAACACGCGGGCAUGGCCUCAUUUUGUUGCUCUUUUGGACUUUGGCACUGAUCAAUGAAGCGCUGGCAAUCGUGAACUUAGACCAUGAAGACUGGUGGUUCCAUUUAAAAAACAACAAAGAUGAAAUUGAAAUGGGCAUGUUUAUCACUCGUUUUCUAUGCUCGCUGCUCAUAUUUGUACUCGGACUGAAGGCACCAGGCAUAAUGGCGCCCUAUAAUCCGCAUCAGCGUAUGGAUAAUGAGUCAUCAGAAAACUUAACGGGCGAUGUGCCAACUGGGUCUGCAUUUCGAAAUGGUUGGCGCAAGUUGCGAACACUAUUUCCAUAUCUGUGGCCCAAAAAGGAUACAAUGCUACAAUUUGCUGUUGUCGUUUGCAUAAUUCUACUCAUUGCCGGGCGCGUCAUUAAAUUGUUUCUGCCCAUUUAUCGCAAGUUGUUGGUGGACAGCCUUACCAUUGAGCCAGUCGAAUUCCGUUGGGACUUUGUGCUUAUUUAUGUUGCGUUAUCGUUUCUCCAAGGCGGCGGUACGGGCACCAUGGGUCUGUUUAACAAUCUGCGUACUUUCCUAUGGAUUCGCGUACAACAGUAUACAACCCGGGAGAUUGAGAUUGAUCUAUUCCGACAUUUGCAUCAGUUGUCUUUGCGUUGGCAUUUGCAACGCAAGACGGGCGAGGUGCUGCGUAUCAUGGAUCGAGGCACAGAUUCUAUAAACAAUCUUCUCAACUAUAUUGUCUUCUCAAUAACUCCAACUAUACUCGAUCUCCUUGUGGCUGUUGUCUUCUUUAUCUACGCUUUUAACUGGUGGUUCGGUUUAAUCGUGUUCUUAACCAUGUUCUUGUAUAUAGCAUCCACCAUUGCCAUAACAGAAUGGCGCACAAAGUACCAAAGACGAAUGAAUCUUGCGGAUAAUGAGCAGCGUGCUCGAAGUGUAGACUCGUUGCUUAACUUUGAGACGGUCAAAUACUAUGGCGCCGAAGGCUACGAAGUUGAUUGUUACAGGGAGGCUAUACUCAAGUACCAAAAGGAGGAGUUUCUGUCAAUGCUCACAUUGAACUUGCUAAACACGGCACAGAAUAUUAUUCUCUGUCUGGGUUUAUUAGCGGGAUCAUUACUCUGCGUCUAUUUGGUGGUGCAUCAUCAGACCUUAACUGUCGGUGACUUUGUGCUCUUUUCCACGUAUCUCAUGGAUCUAUACAUGCCGUUGAAUUGGUUUGGCACAUACUAUCGUGCUAUACAAAAGAAUUUCGUAGACAUGGAAAAUAUGUUUGAAUUGCUGCGUGAGGACGAGGAAAUUGUGGAUGCGCCAGGCAGUGCACCGUUGCUUACAGCUGGCGGUGGCAUAGAAUUCUCCAAUGUUACAUUUGGUUAUUCGCCAGAGAAGGCGGUAUUGCGCAAUAUCAGUUUUUCGGUACCGGCAGGAAAGACUGUUGCCAUUGUGGGACCCUCUGGCGCUGGCAAGAGUACGAUUAUGCGAUUGCUCUUCCGUUUCUACGACGUGCAAAUGGGAGCCAUAUCAAUAGAUGGACAGAACAUCAAGUUGGUUCAACAGCAAAGUCUGCGAAAGGCAAUUGGUGUUGUACCUCAGGACACGGUACUAUUCAACAACACCAUUUACUAUAAUAUUGAAUAUGCCAAAAUAGGAUCAACAGCUGAUGCCGUUUACGAGGCUGCGCGCUCAGCGGAUAUACACGACAGAAUCUUGGGAUUCCCCGAUAGCUAUGAGACUAAGGUGGGUGAGAGAGGAUUGCGUUUGAGUGGCGGUGAAAAACAACGUGUGGCUAUCGCGAGAACUCUUCUGAAGUCACCCAUUAUUGUACUGCUGGACGAGGCUACCUCUGCGCUGGACACGCAUACGGAGCGCAAUAUUCAAGCAGCAUUGGCCCGUGUCUGUGCCAAUCGAACCACAAUUAUUGUUGCACAUCGCCUGUCCACGGUUAUACACGCAGAUGAGAUUUUGGUGCUAAAGGAGGGCAGCAUUGUGGAGCGUGGUAGACACGAUCAACUUGUUCAGCGCGAAGACAGCAUCUAUGCAGACAUGUGGCAGCAGCAGCUUAAGAAUCUAGACGCUGAACAGAGCCCAUCUGAGGGCGGAGAAUCAACUGCGUCUACAUCUGGUGGUGGAACUGCAAAUGGAAAAGGGGAACGGCCCUCGACAGCGGCUAGUGGAGCAGUGUUUAGAGCGGGUCAUGCGCACGGAGGUGCACGCUAAGGGAUUGCAAAAA